AUGUAAUGUAGUUCAGCUACGAUUCCCAAGCAGAAACUAGACAAGGACUGGUCAACUUAGAGGUAGUAUCAGCAAAUAGUAUAAAAAUCAGCUAAGAAAGAUCUCCUUGAUCUGUAUUAAAAAAGAAGGGAGUUCCUUUAGAAGAACUAUUAAAUGCUGCCAGGAAUUAAAGACACUUCGAAAAGCAGAGAAGACACUUAGACAGAUAGACAAAGACUAAAUGAUGCUUCUACACUUGAAAGCCAAUCUGCGAGAGAAAAGUAUCCUCUCCCAACUUAGAGAAAUAAGGGCAAUCUCAUACUCAACUAGAAAUCCAUGCUCGAGGAUGAUCCAAAGAAGAGAACGAAAUCUAGUGGUAACAGAUACUCUUCAAAUGUGAAUAUGAAGCAAAGUUCUACCAAACGUUUAAUGUAAAAAACCAACUUCAGUGAAAUCCAUCAAAAUUCUCUAGAGGAUGAUGAGGGCACAAUGACUGCUAGUAUAAAGAAUCAGAAGUAAGCUAGCAAUACCACCACAACAAAUGAUUAUAAAGAUAAUAUGAUUCUAGGAUCUAAGCAAUUAAAAGCAAGUGCGGCUGGUUACUAGAAAACACCUAGGGAUAAUUAAUUGGGAGGCUAUAGAAUAAGCAAGCAAUUGAAUGGAGGAGGAUAAUUGCCAAAAGUUAAUUUAGUUGGCAAUUAAAAAUUAGCACAGUCUUAUCAGUUCAAUAUACCUAGAAAGAAGAUAAUUUAGGACAAUAGUUUCGGGAGUGGCUCAAAGAAGAAUAGCAAUGAUCUCUCAAAUAUAGCAAGUGCUUGA